UCAGUCUCUGUCUUUCUCUCUCUAGACCGUCUUUCUGAGUUCAUGGGUCACUGUGAGAUGAAAAGUCUCCUGUGAAUCUGCCACCUUAAAAACCAAACCAAAAAUAGAUCCUUUUUAAAAUAAAAAAAAAUUUGCACUCACUCACCAGUUUCUCACUCCCCCAAAACUCUUCAUUUUUUCCAUUUUAUUUAAUUUAAUUUACUUUUUUUCUGCAUUGCAAAUAAUUAAAUAUUUUCCCCUUUCCUUUCUGCAAAAUUCAGAGAGAGAGAGAGAGAGAGCUGUCUUUGACCCUUUUCUUUUUAUUUUCCAUCCUUUUAUUUAUUUAUAUAAUUUCGCUUUUUGUUUUCUGCUAUUACAAACCCUUCCUUAAUUAAUGGCUCUUUGUCUCUCCUUUUUCUUCUGCAACACCACCACCAUCUAAAACCCUUUUGCCAUUUAUCCAAUUUCUCUGGGGAAAAAAAGCCAUGUCAGGCUUGUAUAAUCCCAACUUCUCACCUGCCAGAGCUGCUUCUCCUCAGAUUAGAAGCACCCCAGAUGUUGACAGUCAGUACUUGUCGGAGUUGUUGGCAGAGCAUCAAAAGCUUGGACCGUUCAUGCAAGUUCUUCCGAUAUGCAGCCGCCUCUUGAAUCAAGAGAUUUUACGGGUUUCUGGAAUGAUGUCCAACCAAGGUUUUGGCGACUUUGACAGAAUGCGACAUAGAAGCCCUAGUCCAAUGGCUUCUUCAAAUCUUAUAUCAAAUGUGACUGGGACGGGAAUGGGUGGCUGGAAUGGACUUCCUCAAGAGAGAUUAGGUGGACCCCAUGGGAUGACGAUGGACUGGCAAGGUGCACCCGCGAGCCCUAGUUCAUACACUGUGAAGAGGAUUUUACGUUUAGAAAUCCCUGUAGAUACUUACCCCAAUUUCAAUUUUGUUGGGCGGCUUCUUGGACCGAGAGGUAAUUCUCUGAAACGGGUUGAAGCUACGACAGGUUGUCGUGUGUACAUUAGGGGAAAGGGAUCUAUUAAGGACCCAGACAAGGAGGAGAAGCUCAGGGGAAGGCCAGGCUAUGAGCACCUGAACGAACCACUCCACAUCUUAAUUGAAGCCGAUUUACCUGCCAAUGUGGUUGACUUAAGGUUGAGACAGGCGCAAGAAAUCAUAGAAGAAUUGCUCAAACCUGUGGAUGAAUCACAAGAUUUUAUUAAGAGGCAGCAGUUGCGUGAGUUGGCUCUGCUAAACUCAAAUUUCAGAGAAGAAAGUCCUGGACCAAGUGGUAGUGUAUCUCCUUUCAAUUCAAGCGGAAUGAAGCGUGCAAAAACUGGCCGAUGAGUGCUCAUAUUACUCCGGUUCUAAAUGUUUGCUCCUCCGCCUUAGUAACUCCAUGACCGAGAUGGCCUUGAAACACAGAUUUCCAUCAGCAUGGCUACAAGAAAAUUGUCUAACAGUUCUUGCUGGUGAGCUUUUCUGGUGGUUUUUGUUUGCUUUGUUUUUCUUUCUUUUUGGAACAACAGACAGACAAAGACCCGAAACAGAAAAAACCGCAAAAAAAACCGAAAAGGGUGGAAUUUAUAUAGUUGGCUCUUGAGUAGGUUUGGUGAGGUCAGUUUUCUGUGUAAACCUAAUACAUUCAUUGGAUUUAUUCUUGUGUUAGUUACUUCUGAGAUAAGUGUGAAAAUAUAUAUGAAUUAAUUGUGCAACAAUUAGAGCUUAAUUAAGAGUCCGACGGGUCGAGUU